AUGGCCGAGGAAAUAACGAAUCGACGCUCUACGCUGAGGCUGGAUAAUGAUGAGGACGAAGUCAUUGAUCUAAGAACCGUAGCAUCGGAUAAUUCAAAGGAUAACUUUGACCUAUUAUUGAUCGGGAAAUUAGUCUCUGAUAGACCUUUUAAUGUAGAGGCAUUUAGAAGGACAAUGAUGAAUGUUUGGUCCCCUGAGCAUGGUCUUGUGAUUAGGGUUCUCGGCCCUUACUUAUUCGGUUUUCAGUUUUUUCAUUGGAGGGAUAAGGAGAAGGUGUUUCAUGGGCGGCCGUGGUGCUGGGAUAAUAAACUGAUUCUCAUGAAGGAGGUCGAGGAAAACGAGCAGCCGGAUCAGAUUGUGCUAUCGACUUCCCCUUUCUGGGUUCACGUUAAGAACCUUCCAUUCAGUCGCCGGUCCGAUUCGGACGUGGCGGCCACCGUAGCAGGGGUGGGCGAAGUGAUGGAGAUUGAAUCGGAUGUGCUUGGCUUAGAGCGUUUCCGUAGAGUGCGAAUUAUGGUGGAUAUCACAAAACCAUUACGUAGGUUGAAAAGGUUGAUUGACAAAGGAGGGCGUGAAGUGAAAGUUGAAUUCGCGUAUGAACGACUACCAUUCAUUUGCUUUGCCUGUGGUAUCCUUGGUCAUUCAGAACGGGAUUGCUCUAGAGUUUCGGAAGAGGAGAAGCGCAAGGAGUUAGGCUGGGGGUUGUUCCUUCGAGCCUCACCUUGUAAAGGUAGGGGAAAGUAUGUGAAGGAGAUGGAAGCUAUUACCUCAGGAAGGGAGGUGUUGUUUGUUACCAAAGAAAAAAAUGAAAAAGGUAGGUGUGGUGUGGGGGCGAGACGUGAGCUGUUCGUGGAUGGGAAGCAAACUGGGCGACCUCUACUGGGGGUUGAAGAAGGUAAGGUGGGCAAGAAGCUGGUGGAGGGGGAAAAAAGGGUAGAGCAACAGGUUGAGGAGGUGAUCAGGUGUGUCGUGCAGGGACAUGAGAGUGAGGGGAAGGAGGUGACGGAACUGCCAGUUAUGAGCAAUGAGGUUGAGAAGGUAGGGAGUGAAGUGGCAGGGAAGGAUCAUGUGGCUGCCCCAGUGAUCCUAUUCUCGAUGGGUGCGGGGGGAGAAAAAUCUCACGGAGGAGGUAAAAGCUGGAAAAGAUUCAAUAGACAGAAAAGUGCGGUAAAGAGAAGUGAAAAGGAGGAGCUGGUGGGUGCGGAGAAGGGUCAGGAAGGGGUGCUGAGUGUGGGGGAAAAAAGAGAUAGACAUGGAGACAGUGGAAUGGUGGAUGUGGAGAGUUCGGGGAAAAUAGUUACGGUGAGUAACUCUAUAACUGGAUUGCGAAUGGCGGUGGCUGUCGAUGGGCAGUCCCGCCCAGCUCAAUGA